AUGUCACCUCCAAUGAAGGGGUUAACACAAUUUAUUGUGGAUUUGAGGAACUCUAAGGAUUUGGAAGAAGAGAAUAAGCGCAUCAAUUUAGAAAUAAAUAACAUUCAGACAAAGUUUAGUACCAAUUUGAAUGGGUAUCAGAAGAAAAAGUACAUCUGCAAGUUAAUUUAUAUCUAUUUGCUAGGUUAUACUGAUGUUGCGGAACUGGGCAUGAGAGGUGCAAUUGAAUUGCUUGAAUCUCUGAACUACGCUGAGAAGCAACUUGGAUACUUGGCUAUAUCAAUCUUCUGUUCUAUAAAGCAACACCAGUCUGCUAAGGAUCACUUACUAAACUUGAUGGAUAAGGUCCACAUAUUUCUUCGUAAUGAUUUACGCGUCGAAAAUGACAAUGUGAAUUGUUUAGCAAUUCAAUUCAUCUGUUCAACUUUCAACGUCCCAGAUGAAAGUAUUCUUCAUAUAGACGAACAUGAUGAUGAAUCUGGUAACUGGCUGGAAUUGGUGUUGCUGAUUUACUCAUUCUGCACCUCUCCAAUGCAGUCUUCAAUGGUACGAAAGAAAUCAACUUUGGCAUUAUUCACUCUCUUGAAAUUAUAUCCUCAUGCAAUUGUCCAGCAUGAUAAUUGGAUUCCCAGACUUUUAACUUUGAUUGAUGAUAGUGACUACGGUGUGGUAAUUUCUUGUAUUCCUUUGAUGCGUUUUAUCGUUACUCUUCAACCUCAGUUUAUUAGAUCCAUAAUGGCAUCAAUUUCCAAUAAGCUUUAUGCGUUGGUGGUUGAUCAAAAAUGUCCGGAUCAAUAUUAUUACUAUGAAACUCCUGCGCCGUGGCUAGUAAUUGAGCUCUUACAGCUUGUGGAAUAUUGCUUUUUAUUAGCCAAUGAUCACACCUCGUUUUUUUUGUCCAGUGAUUUAGAUAGCCAAAGCUUAUCAAAUUUACGUCAGGUAGUAGCCAAAUCCAUUCAAAGCUCGUCUCGUCCGAUCAAGGGUCUCCCAAACCGAAACACGCAAAGCUCAAUUUUAUUUCAAUCCGUUUCACUAGCAGUUUUUAUAGAUCCCUCGCCGGAUGCCAUGAGUGGAGCAAUGCAUGCUUUAGUUCUUUUACUAAACUCGAAUGAAACCAACACCAGGUAUUUAUCAUUGGAUGCAUUGAUAAAGUUAUCUGCAAGGCAGAUAUCGAAACAUCCGAUGACAUCCAAUACAUUUGAUGAAGAUUUACCAAAAAUUUUUCUGUUAUUGCAUGAUAAGGAUAUAUCCGUAAGGAGAAAAGCAUUGGAUAUUUUAUACAUAAUAUGUGACCAAAAAUCAUACAGUUCGAUUUUGAACAAACUAUUGGAUUAUUUCCCUCUGGCAGACUAUGGUCUACGCUCAGAGAUCGCUGUCAAAAUUGCAAUUUUAGCUGAGAGAUUUGCCACCGAUUCGACAUCUUACGUCACCACUAUGCUAAAGUUGUUAUCUAUUGGCGGCAGCUCUAACUCUAACGGAAUGAAUUAUAUUGGAAAUGAAGUUUGGGAAAGAAUUGUCCAAAUUAUUGUUAACAAUGAAGAUUUGCAAAAAAAGAGCUGCAAGUUUAUUAUUAGCUUAUUGAAAAAUCCUGAACCUAGCGAUUUCAAUGGAAAACGUAAUUCUGUAUCUGGGGAGCUCUCAGAGAACUUGGUAAAGGUUGCGGCUUUUGUUUUAGGCGAGUUUGGCCACUUAGUCAACGAUAGUUUUGAUACUUCAGUGAAAGUGCAAUUUCUGUUGCUAUAUAGGGCAUAUUUCAGAGUAUCGCUAUUGACUAGGGCAAUGCUUCUCUCUUCAUUUUUAAAAUAUGCUAUUAAAAGCUCUGAUGAAGAAUUCAUUCCUGAUAUUAUUGACUUGUUCGAUGUUGAAUCGAAAUCAAUUGAUUUGGAAAUUCAAACUCGUUCGCAUGAGUAUUUACAAUUAGCUACUCAUUUCUCAAACUCAAAUGUUGGAAAGCGAGCAGUGGCCGCUUUGCCGGUCUUCGAAAAGAAAGAGAGCCCGUUGAUGAAUAGAAUUGGUAACAUUCGUAAAUUGACAUCAAGAAGCAGAUCAGGUUCAUUUGUUAAUAUCCUGAAGAUCAGAAGAAGUAAUACUAUUAGCAAAAGCAACCUCAGAUCGGGGUCUAACCUCACACUACCGAUCGCAGAAGAAGGAGACAAAGAGUUGAAUGAAACAUCAAACGAUAUCAAUCCUUUCGAAGAUGAUCCUUCAAACAUAAAUCCUGAUGCAACAUUGUCUCCAAAUUGGUACGCAGGGUAUCACAGGAUACUUCACUUUGAUGCGGGAAUCUUUUUUGACGACCAAUUGGUCAAAAUUACGUACCGAGUGUUGAAAGAAAAGGAUGUUUUGACCUAUAAGUUUUCAAUUAUUAAUAACUCGCUCAAAACUUUAGGAACAAUUAUAACUGGUCUAAACUUAUUGAAGGUUAAAAAUAUGUCAAACUCAGACAAUCCUAGUUACACAUUGACCGUUAAAAAGAUGCCAGAUUCAACAGUGGAUGAUAAAACCACAAUGGAAGUAUCAGCAAAGGUUCGUGACGUAAUUGAAAACGAUCAGAGUCCGAUAUUAUCAAUCUCAUUUAAGUGUGGAGGGACAUUUGUUCAAUUAAACCUCAAAUUUCCAGUCCUGUUGUUGAAAACACUUUCGUCUUCAAAAUCCAACUUAGAAGAUUUCAAGAAAAGGUGGUUACAAAUUGGCGAUCUUUUGGGUGCGGAGGGUGAAUUCAGUACUGAUGUAAGUACUAGGCACGGGUACCUGUCGUCUAAUAUUUCUAGACUAAUGGUUCGUCUUGGAUACUCUGUAGUUCAUUCCUCGCCAGAUGAUAAUGAUAAUAUUCUUGUUAUGGGUGCUGGAAUUAUUCAUACACAAAAAUGCGAUUAUGGUUUGCUUACGACUAUCCAAGGAAUAGAUGCUUCUGUCAAGCGCUUUAGAAUAGUUGUGCGUUGUACCGGUGGUGGUAUUGCAACUGUUAUUGCGGAGACAUUGAAAGAAAUAUUUGAAGGUAGAUUUUAA